UCGUAAAGUAAAGCCAUACAUGUUUCGAGUAUGCUGUUCUGAUGAUUUCAUUAUAUUAGUUUCAUCAGCAAUGGAAUCUCUCGCAGGAUUUCAAACUUAAAUAAUUGAUAUUGUUAUAUCUGUAUGAUAUUUAGAUAGAUAUAUGUAAGGCGCCAACGUCCAGAUUACCUUACCUGAGUCAGGAAAUUAACAGAAAACACAAUCUAAUAAACAAUACUUCACAAGUUGGUGAUGCUAUAGAAAAAAAAACGAUAAUUGUGAUUUCCUGUCACUGUGAUAUUUUUUCAUUCCCAAUAGAUCAACACGAAUGUCCAAAUGAUAUCGACAAUUAUUGCAGUCUCUACGCUGCUUAUACAAGGCAUAGUGCCUUUGCAUGCAGAUAUAAUUGUAAAUCUAAGUUCUACAUCUGGUGACGAUAAAUGUGGAAAAACGAUUGAUAUUAACCCUGGAAAUGGGUCGUCUGUAUUUGCCGCGGGAAAAGUCCCCAAUGGUCACUGUACCCUAUAUUUUAGGGCUACCGAAAAUAAGGAUUACGUGUGUAAAAAAUUCUGUGUAACAUUUAGGAAAAAGUCAUUCAAUGUUUGCGAUGUAAAAGUAAAGAUAGCAGCUAUUGAUUUUGACAACACAGGAGACUUGACCAAGACCUAUGAUUGUUGGCAUUGGAACGCCUUCGACAAUACCUGGUGUCCUGUCACAAAUAAGUUGCAGAUGGACGUUCUUGAAAGUGAUCCGUAUCAUUACGACAUCAAAUUGAAUAACUCCUAUGAGUUUUCUGUAGAUAUCACACCAGUAUGUGCAAAAGUAAAAAAUCAAGUUAAAAAAGCGGUUACAAAUUUCAACUCAAAAAGAGAUAGGAGAAUGAAACAGAUUAAGAUUGAAGGGAUUAUCGUUGGUGUUUGUCUGGCCUGCAUCUUUUUGGUUCUUUUAGUAGUGAUGUACAUGUAUUACAAAUCCAAACCUACAGACAAUACACCGGAAGAAAACGAAGGAAAGCAAAGACAGGGUCACAUAUUAUCCAAUAUAAGGCACAAACUCAUGAAUAGACGAAAAUCUAACAUUGUCUGCAUUGAAAACGAGACGUUCGAUAAGUAUCUAGAGGUCAAACAGACUGAUGAUGAUGAAAUAGACGGAGACAGCCAAUCAACACAACAACCUGAAAAUGUACCAGGAACAAGUGACAAAGACAUAUGCAACAGCUCUGUUUAGAAAACAACAAAAAAUGUUCAUCACCACAUGGUGAUAUCCAAUAUGUGCCCUUUGUUCUUAUUCGUCAUUCACCGUAUCAAGUUUUUUGUACAUUUAAAAAAAAGUGACGUCCCAUAUAAAUUGUAAAUAAUUUAGAGUACAUUCCGAUUCACUUUGUCUUUCAUACAACGACUAUAUAUAUAUAUAUAAGAAAUUAAGCGUGCUGUCAAGGCGCAAAGAACAAGAUAGUUCUAUGGUUGGUGUGUAGGUAAAAUAUCAAAUAUCAAAUGGUACCACACAUUCAUGGGCAAAUUAGAACUAGAAUAUUAACUGUAGAUUAAUAAUUUUAAGGUCAUAAGUCGUCAAGUUGAAGGUUGAGAACAAUUUGUUUAAGUUGAUAGGUAUGGGCGUAAAUCAUAUUUUUUUCCGUAUUUAUGGUACCUUUAAACAUGUUGAAAACAACAUUAAAUAACACGCGCGGUUAAUCUCAAAUAAGAUUGUUCUUUGUAGAAUUCGAUCCAUAGUACUCCCUACAUUACAAAUAUUGUUAUUGUGCAUAUUUUAAUUUUUUAGUAUACACAUUUUCCCAUAUCAUCAAGCCGAGGCGUUAGAUGAGGGUCUGAUAUGUGGUCGAGGAAUGCUCUUGGGUCUGGUAUGCAGAAUUAUGUAACAUAACAUCUUUAUCAUACAUUUCCGACGCAAAAUUUUAAAAACAAAUGUUUUAAAAAAGCAUGCAAUUUCCACGGUCAAUUUGGAAUUUGCGACUUUUAAAUCCAAGGAACGGGAUAGAAGAACAAAAUGCUACUGUACAUAGAAGUAUAAGCUGAAAUAAUGUUUGUAUAUACAUGUAUGUAAGUUGCUGUGGCAGGCGUUUAACAUAGUGUAUUCAAAAGUAAAAACAUUUUCUUUGCUCUUCCAUGCAUAUGAAAUUAUACAACAAUGUUUUGUGGUUGGUGCCACUCAAUCAUUAUUUUUCUGUGCAUUUUUUGUAAAUUACACUUUUUCUCUAUCUGACUUUUACAAAUACACCCGAUAUUGUCCUAUAAUUGUUGUAUUUAUAAAUAUAUUGAUUAUCUUAUAAAUUGUAUAUGAUUACGUGAGAAAUGAAGCCCAAUGAAGGGACGUGUUUGAUGAUUUUUUUGGAACUCUGAAAUAGAAAGCAUAUAUGAUAUUACAAGAUCGGUUAGUGUUUAUAUAAGGAUGGAUGUGGUAUUUUUAAAAUUGAAAUAUUAUAUAGAAACGGCACCUUUUAUUAAAUAUUUUGUAAUAUGAUGCACAUGUUGAAUAGUUUAUCGCUAAUCUCAUGUAUACAAUUGGCAUUUUCUUAUUUUCAUCAAUAAAACAGAAAACUUUG